CGCUGCCGGAGCGCAUGGUGGCUGAGGCGUCCACUCGCACGGUCACUCCAACUCUGCCGCUCCGGCCGUGGACGGGCCUGGAGAAGGACGAGGCCGGCUCGCGCCUCCAGCUUGCUUCUUCCCGUUUGCCCCUCAGCCUGCUCAGCCGAGCUGGUGCCGCCGCGGCCCGGCCCGAGGGUGAUGCCCCCCACCCGCCCCGCCCGCCCGGGGCCGCCACCUGCUGUAGCCCCUCACUGAGAUGCGCAUUGUAUGGAAUCAGGCAGAAAAAUGUUGCACUGAGCAACUGUCGAAGGGAAAUACAAAGAAACUGUGAAAGACACAUGAUUCUCUGUGUCCGGACACACCGCAGGGGCCAGGCCCCGCCCGCACCCCGGGGACCCCUGGAUCCCGCGGCUUCAGCCCAAAAGACAACACUCAGGAGGUGGCGCUCUGGGCUGCGGCGCACUGCUGAGCACUUGCCUCGCACGUGUGAGGCGCUGGGUUCAAGCCCCACACACACGUGUGUGCACACGGGCUCACUCUCGCUCAGCCAGCGGGGCCCGUGUGAGGGAGCCCCGGCGGGGCAGCCGCUGCCAGCAUGGACGGGCAGCUGCGCGUCCUCACGGCACAGGGGGUGGACGGGCCCACGAGCCCUGGCGUCUGGGGCUGGACUCUGUCCUUGCAGUGACCCACGGACUCGGCCUCCCCCACCCCUUGUUGGCACGGCCCGUGGCACUGUGGGUAGGGAGCCCGGCUUCCGGCCCCCGCCCUGCUGUCCAGGGCUGCGUUUCCCACCCCAGGGCAAGUGUGGGCCUGGAGGUGGGGUGGGCGACCCUCUCCCUGCACGGGCGUCCCCUUGCCACUGCCCACCUCGGGGACCCCCAGCACCAAGCCUUCGGGCAAGUGCCCGGCCCCCUCAGAAGCCAGUGUGUGGACUCCGACGGUGCUGGCGGGGGCUGGCACCUCCCCCGCCCGCGCAGCCCUUCAGCCCCCAAUGGCACCUUUGUUCCCCGACAGAUCAAGCGGGAUUUCUUGAGCAUCUUUUGCUUUGGUGGGGGGUGGGUUGGGUCACACACACGGUGGUGCUGGGGCUGGUCCUGCCACCGGACUGAUCCGGGCCGCUGCGGAGGGUUCUGGGGCGCACACCACGUGCAGGCCCCCGCUGUUGGGCCGGUCUUCCUGCAGAGCCGAGACCCCCAGAGGUGCUGCCAGGGGGUCCUGGGCGAGCCUCGCCUUCCUGCACAGUGGGCAGCCGAGGCACCUGCAGCAGGGCCGCGUGGGCAGAGCGCCUCCUGGCUGCCGGGAGUGGCAGCCUGCAGGGAGGCACUGCAGGACGACGUGACCACCACAGCCACGCGCUGGGAACGCAAAUCGCACCUGAGCAUCCCUGAGACGGUGGGGUGCACAAGUCCAUGACUGUGACCCGCGGCAAGAGUGGGGACGGGCUGGGAAUGCGCAGUAUCCAGGGGGCAGGACGGGGCUGGGUCACCAGUCUCGGGUGACAGACCCAGGGCCACUGUCUUCGUGGGGAGAGAACCCUGGGCCCGGCAUGGUAGGAGCAGGAGUAGGAGGCCGCAGUGCCCGGCACUUGCCAGCUCACUCCCCAGCACCACCGGGUGUGGCCCAGAGACCACGGCGGGGGGAGACGUGGGGAGAGAUGGGAGCACCUUUCCAGAGCACUGCCUGGGAGACAGAUGGAUUUCAAACAGCCUGUCGCCACUAGUAGCCAAGGCUCUGUGGGCACAAGACCUGUACAGGGCAGCGGGCAGCGGCCACCCCUGCUGGGUGAAUCCUACAGGGCAGGCACCUGCUGGCACAGCUUCCAGCAGGCAGGACUCUGCCCUCACCCACCUACUCGCCGCCUGGACGGUCAGCAGGAGGCCACUGCCCCCGAGCCCAGGCCUCGAGCUCAGCCUCCUGUCACAGGUGCCAGACACAGGUGAGGAGACGUGGGGACUCAGGACAACUUCACAGGGAUCUUAAGUCUCCACCCUCAAAGGGCUCCUGCACCCAAAGAGUCAGUGACAACCUCAAAAAAGGGGCCCGUGUGAUAAUGCAGCGGGGGUGGGGGACAUCUGUCUUGUGCGCAGCCGACGCGGGCCCAGUCCAUGCACCCCAUAUGGUCCCCCAAGAACUGCCAGGAGUGACUCCUGAGUGCAGAGCCACGCGAGCACCCGAGCUCCCCACCCAAGGCCAAAGCAAGUUUAUAAAGAACCAAAUAAAAAACUACAGAAAAGUUCUUA